CUUCAAACUCUAGCUUGGGAAUAUAUAAAGACCCAUCUUCCAUCUUCUGGUUACUCAAGCUUCUUCAAACGAGGUCUUCUGCAAUUAUUUUUGCUCUCUUAAAAAUCAAAGAUAAACCUAAGAAUACCUUUCUCCUUCUCAACAAUAACUACUCUAAAGGAGACUUUUGGGUAUGUGCAGUGGUUCAAAGAAUAAAGUUAAUAAUAACCCCUCAAAGGUUAUCAUGGAGCGCGAUUUUCCCAAAAAGAAUGAUGGGGUUUUCAGUAAAUGCUCUGUUUUGCUCGAAUUGUCCGCCUCGGACGAUCUCGAGGCCUUCAGGAGUAAAAUCGAAGAAAAGGGUAUCAACGUUGACCAGACGGGUUUCUGGUACGGUAGGAGAAUUGGGUCCAAAAAGAUGGGAUUUGAAGAGAGAACUCCUCUUAUGAUAGCUGCCAUGUUUGGAAGCGCCAAGGUUUUGAAGUACAUAAUCGAGUCCGGCAAGGUCGAUGUCAACAGGGCUUGUGGUUCGGACCAAGUCACAGCCCUUCACUGUGCCACGUCCGGAGCCUCGAGCUCUUCGCUGGAGGCUGUGAAGCUCUUGCUUGAUGCUUCGGCUGAUGUUGAUUUGGUUAGCGCUAAUGGAAGCAAGGCUAUUGACUUGCUUGCCCCAGGCUUUAAGGGGCCUUGCAGUUCAAGGAGGAAAGCAAUGGAGAUGUUGCUUAGAGGCGAGACGAACUCCGUUACAGAAGAUGAGGAGGACCAACAGAAGGUUGGAAGUCCUUUGGCCUCAAGGGAGGGUGCUGAGAAGAAAGAAUACCCCAUUGAUGUAUCUUUACCAGAUAUAAACAAUGGGAUGUACGGUUCUGACGAUUUCAGGAUGUAUAGUUUCAAGAUUAAGCCUUGUUCAAGGGCCUACUCUCAUGACUGGACUGAGUGUCCAUUUGUUCACCCCGGGGAGAACGCCAGGAGGAGGGACCCGAGGAAAUACCCUUACAGCUGUGUCCCUUGCCCCGAGUUCAGGAAAGGGUCGUGCCAGAAGGGAGACUCUUGUGAAUACGCUCAUGGAGUUUUCGAGUCAUGGCUUCAUCCCGCUCAGUACCGAACUCGGCUUUGCAAGGAUGAGACUGGAUGCACAAGAAAAGUCUGCUUCUUUGCUCACAAGCAUGACGAAUUGCGCCCUGUUUAUGCCUCAACAGGCUCAGCCAUGCCUUCACCAAGGUCUCUAGGAGUCAGCGCUGCGGACAUGGCGACUUUGAGUCCUUUAGCUCUUGGUCCAUCAUCUUUGCCAUUGCCUGCAACUUCAACACCGCCAAUGUCUCCAAUGGCAAACUCUUCAUCCCCCAAGAAUGGAGGGUUGUGGCAGAACAAAGCUAACCACACCCCACCUGCUCUUCAGCUCCCUGGUAGCCGAUUAAAGACUGCUUUGUGUGCUAGAGAUUUGGGGUUGGAGAUGGAGAUGCUUGGGCUGGAAAGUCACGCCAACCAACAGCAGCAGUUUUUAUUGGAUGAGAUAUCUCGUCUCUCCUCACCCUCAUACUCAAAGCAAUCUAACCUUGACGAUUUAUUUGGAUCCCUCGAUCCUUCUGUUUUGUCUCAAAUGCAGGGAUUUUCAUUAAAAGCCUCAACACAAACCCAGUUGCAAUCUCCAACCGGGCAUCAGAUUCGCCAAAACAUGAACCAACUUCGUGGAAGCUACCCAACCACCAUGUCAUCCUCUCCUGUGAGGAAGCCCACGACUUUUGGGUUUGACUCGGCCGGUUCUAUGGCGGCAGCAGUUAUGAACUCAAGGUCUUCUGCCUUUGCCAAGCGAAGCCAGAGCUUUAUAGACCGCGGUGCAGCCACACACCUGGGCUACACAACAGCUGCCAACUCGGCAUCUAUGAUGUCUUCAUCUAGUUUAUCAGAUUGGAGCUCACCCAAUGGGAAACUGGAUUGGGCAGUUCAAGGGGAUGAGUUGAAUAAGCUGAGAAAGUCUGCUUCUUUUGGGUUCCGAAACAGCAAUGGUGGAACUGCCACAGCAGCAUUGAGGCCAUCAACCAUAGAUGAACCAGAUGUGUCUUGGGUCAAUUCCCUUGUCAAGGAUGUAUCCACUGAGAGGUCUGGCCUGUUUGAUGCUGGGAAGCAGCAGCACUAUAAUCUCAACAAGGGGGUUCGUGAAGUACUUCCACCAUGGGUGGAGCAGCUGUACAUAGAGCAGGAGCAGAUGGUGGCAUGAGUAUUAAGAAUACUUGCUUCUAUGCUUCUCCUCACCAAAUUAAUCUUUUUCAUAAACUUACUGCUUAUUCAUUAUUUGAAGACAUUAUUAUUAUUCAGAUAGAUGCAAGGAGGAAAGGCCCACAAAUUCUGGGCAGGAGGAAGAAGUUAUUACUACUAUUAGGUUAAACAACCAGAGAGGAAAAUUUAGAUCAUCAAAAAGAUUAUGUAUUUUUUAAUUAUAUUAUAUUUGUUUAUUAUUAUUUUUUCUCUUCUCCCAAACUGGGUGUUGUAAUUUGAAAUAUUUCCUUCCCAAAGGGGUGUAUCUUAGCUCUGAUCUGAUCAAAUUUGUGGUUUUCUCAUUAAGAAUGGGUUCUCUUUUAGAUGCAUGUAUAAUAUUGAUAAUAAAAAUAAUGUAUUCAAUUGACAUUACAAUCUAAACAUCUUUCUGUGCUA